UUGUCCUGAUAACAACAGAAUUGUUAUUCAGGAUUGAAUCAAUCUGUACGUCGAAUCAAUCGAAGUUUUUCUUUUUUGAUGUGACGAUCACAAUAUUCGAACGGAUUAAUUUUUUUUCGGUUGCGUUUGUUCGGUCUAUUUAAAUAUUUAAACAGUGAAAAAAGGAAUCAAAGUCGCGCGAAAAUUUUGAAAUUUUAAAUUUUUGAAAACUUGCUGUUGGUGUUUCAUAAGCAGUCAAUGUACAUCGACAACGGCAAGCGAUCGUGUGUGUUUAGUUUAUCGUUCAUAAAUUUGAUAAGUUUCCGAUAACAAUGUCAACUGCCUUCUUAGUCGAUAAUAUCCUUAAUGAUAAAGAGGAACGCACCGAAUCGCUAUCAUCUGAUACGGAAUCGGACACCACAUCUGAUAUUAAAGAUUCCGUGUGCGGUUCACCGCGUAACGAUCAUCUGCCAAAUGGUGAUGACAAAAUUAACAUAUCGGAAAGUUUGCUAAGGACAUACGCUAUGAUAAGGAAUAGUGGACAUCAUAUCGGAAUUGAUGAAAUGUGUUGUGCAAAGUGUGGUCAUUUUCAGAUAACGAAACGGGGAGGAUAUGAGGAUACCGACAUUGACUUGGAUUUUAAAUGUGAUAAAUGUGGUGGAUCGGAGGCAAUUAACACAAAGGAAACCAUUCUGAAGGACAGUGUUAAGCCGAUAUUGAAAUUUAGUGUGUCGGCGAUAUUAGGUGAUAAAAAGGAUUGCGUUAAAGUUAGGAAUGAAUUCAUUCAACCACAACACAUUUGGCCUUAUAUACAACAUAAUUUUAUUCAACAAUCACAAAUCCAAUCCCACGGAUAUCACAUAAACAACAAUAGUCACCACAACAACAUUUCGCCGACCAACAACAAUCCCAGCGAAAUAGACAAUCUAUCCAAUGGAUCACAACCGGGCUCCGAAUUACAGGACGACAAUCGGCUGCAUCCGAGAGAUAAGCAAUUGAUUGCAAAACCGUUAGCUAGUCGACCCACUCCUUUUAUCCAUCAUGGCAUCAAUCAUCCCCAUUUGCAUUCAUUGCUGGCACAUUGUCGUAAUCCGUAUAUGGCAGCGGGCGGUCCUCAAGUGUUUCCAUUGCCGCCAGGACAAGGCUUUCCGUGGGCCCAUUCAACGCGAGGGAAACCGCGUAGGGGAAUGAUGCGACGAGCUGUAUUUUCUGAUUCACAGAGAAAAGGACUGGAAAAAAGGUUUCAAAUGCAGAAGUACAUUAGUAAACCGGAUCGAAAGAAACUGGCCGAACGUUUAGGACUGAAAGAUUCACAGGUUAAAAUAUGGUUCCAAAAUCGCCGAAUGAAAUGGCGAAAUUCUAAAGAACGAGAACUUCUAGCAAGUGGCGGAUCAAGGGAUCAAACGCUACCAAACAAAAACAACCCAAAUCCCGAUUUGUCGGACGCUCGCAAUGAUCGGGCACCGUCUCUAUCACCGCCAUCGUCACCGACCGGAAGUCCGCAAGGUGCUGAACCGUUUACAAGCAGUCAAUCACCGCACAAACAACCGAUUGAUGGAAAAUUUCUACCCGACACAGCCAAUUCGCCGCACUCUCACAGUAACAAGGAAAUGUUCAAGUAUGAGUUCGACGACAAUCGGCAGGCGCAAAUGUUUAAUCAAUUUUACGAUAAGACACGAGAUGCAAACGGACUAAAUUAUGGCGGAACGUGUCGAACAAAUGCGUCCAAUUUGUAUUACGAUGAAUUUGAUUCACAUUCGGAUUCGGAUGAGGAGAUCAGUGUAACGUGAAAAUGGAUCGAGCGGUAAUCAAUUUCGAAUGCAUAUUCGUUGGAUGAGAAAAUGGUCAAUUUUUGAAAAACAUUUCUCUGUUUAACGGUAACGGAACGAUAAAUAAGACAAGAAACACUGGCUGUCAAUAUGACUUAAAUGGUAUGAGUCUUAUAAUAUGUAGUAACUUUGAGGUUACGCUUUUUUAUAUAUUCUAAGUAGCGGGAACCUUAGUUCCUUCACCCGAUUAAAAUUACCGAUUUAUUGCUGCAAUAAGAACUCCGAAACGACAAUUGUUGUACUUGAUUCAGUCGGAAUUUUUGAGAAUUGAAACUAGGGUUAAGCCGCAAUUUUCGAUGAGCCGUAGUUUUAUCAUUCCACGGAUUCUAAACCACUGCAGACGGAUAAUUCAUUGGUUUUUGACAAUGAAGACAAAAAUUAACGAAGAAAUCUACUGAUUACCGUGGUUCCGUAAUUACCAUUUACAUGAUAAACAGUCUGUCGAAAAUAUGUAGAUCAAAAUGAAGUAAUAGAUUCCCAGUUUCUAUAUACCCCAAAAGGUGAGUUCACACUAUUGUUUGAUCUACAAUAUUCUUUCAAAUCUCAUUGCUGAUGGACCAAAUGUACAAUUCUUUCCAGCCCCGGAUGUUGGUUGACAGAAUCAUCCCUUAACAAACGAAAUCGGUUCACUGAUUCGGUCAUGGAAAUAAUCCGAAUCGAUUGAGUAAUUUCCAUUUUUGUUUGUUUCACUUAAAUACAUUUAGGUCCAGACAAAAACCACGUCAGUUUCAAGUUAGGUCUAAUAAACUACAGAGCACACCAAUUAAACACAACUCAUUCCUCAGCAAAUAGUGCUAUUGCUGUUACAUACCAUGUCGUUCGCCACAAUAAUUCUCUCUUUCACUUUGUAUCAAAACCAUAAUUGCGGUCACAUAAAAUCUAACACUAGAGUACGAAACCUCUCCCCAUAUACUAGGCCUGUAUCAUUCAGCUAACGGAAUAAGAAAACGGUCGCACAUUCAGAUGAAAGACUUUUUUUUCAAUAAUGCAACUCACACCCCAGAUUUCUCUUGUAGCAUUUUCUAGACAUUUUAAGGAAAACCAAAGAAAAUAUCUUUUCGUUUUUCAAAAUCAUGUAAAGUGUGAACCAAUUUUAAAUCCAUUUGUAAAUAAACAUAAAA